AUGGCCCUGGCCAGCAACCCACGGGAGGCAUUGCUCCAGGCUUUGAAUGACCUUGAGGAAUACGACUUCAAGACAUUAAAGUUCCACUUACGAGACGGAACCCUGCUUGGGGGCCCGGUGCUGGCCCGAGGGGAGCUGGAGGGCCUGAGUCGGGUGGACCUGGCUUCUCGGCUGAUUUCGAUGUAUGGAACACAGGAGGCUGUGAAAGUGGUGCUCAAGGUGCUGAAGGUCAUGAACCUGUUAGAACUCGUGGACCAGCUCAGCCACGUUUGUCUAAAUGAUUACAGAGAAAUAUACCGAGAGCAUGUGCGCUGCCUAGAGGAGAGGCAAGAAGAGGGAGUCGACCACAGCUACUACCAGCUGCUCCUGGUGGCCAAGCCCUGCGCAGGGAGCCCCAUCCUGGGGCAGGAGGUGGACUCUGUCACAGUGGAGGCUCUGUUUGAUCCAGGGGAAAAGCCCAACCAAGGCCCGCCCACAGUGGUGAUACAGGGAUCUGCGGGCACUGGAAAGACAACACUGGCCAGAAAAAUGGUGCUGGACUGGGCCACUGGCACCCUGUACCCAGGCCGGUUUGAUUAUGUCUUUUACGUGAGCUGCAGAGAAGUGACCCUGCUGCAGGAGAGCACACUCGACCAGCUCCUCAUCUGGUGCUGUGGGGACAAUAAAGCACCCGUCGCAGAGAUUCAGAGGCAGCAACCAGAACGGCUCCUGUUCAUCCUGGACGGCUACGAUGAACUGCAGCGGUCCUAUGCGGAGAGGCUGAGGAGGCCGGGGCCCAGUCCCGUAGAGGACAUGCUGCACCGUCUGAUAAGGAGAGAAGUACUUCCCCUGUCCUCUCUUCUCAUCACGACUCGGCCCCUGGCUUUGCGGAACCUGGAGCCCUUGCUGAAACAACCACGCCACCUUCACAUCUUGGGUUUCUCUAUGGAGGAGAAGGAAAGGUAUUUCAGAUCCUAUUUCACAGAUGAGGAGCAAGCCAGAAACGCCUUAGACAUUGCACGGGGAAAUGACUUCCUCUACAAAGCGUGCCAGAUUCCAGGCAUUUGCUGGGUGGUCUGCUCGUGGCUGAAGGGGCAGAUGGAGAGAGGCGGAGUGGUCUCAGAGAUGCCCAGUGAUGGCACUGACAUCUUCAUGGCCUAUGUCUCCACCUUCCUGCCGCCCAGUGACAACAGGGACUGCUCCAAGCUUACCCGAGACAAGGUUCUAAAGGGUCUGUGCUCCUUGGCAGCCGAGGGGAUCCAGCACCAGAGAUUCCUGUUCGAAGAGGCUGACCUCGAGAAGCACAAUUUAGAUGGACCCAGCCUUGCCGCUUUCUUGAGCAGCAUUGAUUACCAAGAGGGCCUUAACAUCAAAAAGUUCUACAGCUUCCGCCACAUUAGCUUCCAGGAAUUUUUCCAUGCGAUGUCCUACCUGGUGAAAGAGGAUAAGAGCCAGCUGGGUGAAGGGUCCCUCAGAGAAGUGAAUAGGCUGCUGGAUGAAAAGAAGCAGGUGGGGAGUGAGGAGAUGACCCUCAGUAUGCAGUUUUUAUUGGACAUAUCAAAAAAAGAGAGCUCCACAAACUUUGAGCUAAUGUUCUGCUUCAAAGUUUCACCCUCGCUAAAGCAAGAUCUGAAGAAUUUCAAAGAACAAAUGAGCUCUAUAAAGCAUAAAAGGACCUGGGAUUUGGAAUUGUCCCUGUAUGAGUCUAACAUGAAGAAUCUGCUAAAGAGUGUUCAGUUGAGUGAUGUAGUAAUUAAGAUGGUACAUUCAAAAAAUAAGAAAUCCCCCAGCAAGAACUUAUUUUCUGUCAAAACCAGCUUGAGUAAUAAACAGAAAGAGGAGCAAAAAUGUCCAGCUGUGGACAAAGAUAAUAAAGCAGAGACACCAAUGGAAGCUUCUAACGGAAAAGACAGAGGGACAAAGGAACUAUAGACAAGGAAGGUAGGAGCAGCAGGAUGGGGAGCACAGAA